ACAAUAUCUUCUUCUGUGACUGUAAUAAGAUUGAUAUGGAGACGAUUUCAUUGUAAUUGUAACCAUGGAGCUAUGAUCAGAACUUCGUCUGUGUUGAACUCCACCAAGUACUUCAACUCUCACAUUAACCAUUUAUCAUCUCAUGGCGAUCACAAGCAAGUUCUCUCAACAUUCUCUUCCAUGCUCGCCAAUAAACUCUUACCUGAUACUUUUACUUUCCCUAGUCUUCUCAAAGCUUGUGCUUCUCUUCAGCGCCUCUCUUUUGGUCUCUCGAUUCACCAGCAGGUUCUCGUUAAUGGGUUCUCUUCAGAUUUCUACAUAUCAUCUUCAUUGGUCAAUCUUUAUGCGAAAUUUGGACUCUUGGCUCAUGCUCGGAAAGUGUUCGAGGAAAUGCGUGAGAGAGAUGUGGUGCACUGGACUGCGAUGAUUGGGUGUUACUCACGCGCUGGAAUUGUUGGAGAAGCUUGUUCGUUGGUGAACGAGAUGAGAUUUCAGGGGAUCAAACCGGGUCCGGUUACGUUGUUGGAAAUGUUGAGUGGGGUUUUAGAGAUUACGCAGUUACAGUGUUUACAUGACUUUGCUGUGAUUUAUGGUUUUGAUUGUGAUAUAGCUGUGAUGAACUCUAUGUUGAAUUUGUAUUGCAAGUGUGAUCAUGUUGGAGAUGCUAAGGAUUUAUUUGAUCAGAUGGAGCAACGAGAUAUGGUUUCAUGGAACACAAUGAUUUCAGGGUAUGCUUCUGUUGGUAAUAUGUCUGAAAUCUUGAAGCUUUUGUACAGAAUGAGAGGUGAUGGUUUAAGACCUGAUCAGCAGACAUUUGGAGCAUCACUUUCAGUGAGUGGAACAAUGUGUGAUCUUGAAAUGGGAAGAAUGUUGCACUGCCAAAUUGUAAAAACUGGUUUUGAUGUAGAUAUGCAUCUCAAGACGGCAUUGAUAACAAUGUACUUGAAGUGUGGAAAGGAGGAAGCUUCAUAUCGGGUACUCGAAACGAUUCCCAAUAAGGAUGUUGUUUGCUGGACAGUCAUGAUAUCAGGACUUAUGCGGUUGGGUAGAGCAGAAAAGGCACUGAUUGUUUUCUCGGAAAUGUUACAAUCAGGAUCAGACCUGUCGAGUGAAGCAAUAGCUAGUGUUGUAGCAUCUUGUGCUCAAUUGGGUUCCUUUGAUCUUGGCGCUUCAGUCCAUGGCUAUGUACUGAGGCAUGGAUAUACACUAGACACUCCUGCGUUGAACUCUUUGAUCACAAUGUAUGCAAAGUGCGGUCAUUUGGAUAAAAGUUUAGUUAUCUUUGAACGGAUGAAUGAAAGAGACUUAGUUUCGUGGAAUGCGAUUAUCUCCGGAUAUGCCCAGAACGUAGAUCUGUGUAAGGCCUUGUUAUUGUUUGAAGAAAUGAAGUUCAAAACCGUGCAACAAGUUGAUUCAUUUACUGUUGUCUCACUUUUACAAGCCUGUUCAUCUGCUGGAGCUCUCCCUGUAGGGAAACUGAUCCACUGUAUUGUAAUCAGAAGCUUUAUCAGGCCAUGUUCCUUGGUUGAUACAGCUCUAGUUGAUAUGUAUUCGAAAUGUGGCUACUUAGAAGCUGCACAGAGGUGUUUCGAUUCGAUCUCGUGGAAAGAUGUUGUUUCAUGGGGCAUACUCAUUGCAGGGUAUGGUUUUCAUGGUAAAGGGGAUAUUGCUUUGGAAAUUUACUCAGAGUUUCUUCACUCUGGAAUGGAGCCGAACCACGUGAUAUUUCUUGCAGUUCUCUCAUCUUGCAGCCAUAAUGGAAUGGUUCAACAAGGUUUGAAAAUAUUCAGUUCAAUGGUCAGAGAUUUUGGUGUUGAACCGAAUCACGAACACCUUGCUUGUGUGGUUGAUCUUCUAUGUAGAGCUAAAAGAAUAGAAGACGCAUUCAAGUUCUACAAAGAGAACUUUACCAGACCUUCGAUUGAUGUCUUGGGUAUAAUACUCGAUGCUUGCCGUGCAAAUGGGAAAACAGAGGUCGAAGAUAUAAUUUGUGAGGAUAUGAUCGAGUUGAAGCCAGGGGACGCUGGACAUUACGUAAAACUAGGACAUUCUUUUGCUGCGAUGAAGAGAUGGGACGAUGUGAGUGAAUCAUGGAAUCAGAUGAGGUCUCUCGGCUUGAAAAAGCUCCCGGGAUGGAGCAAAAUCGAGAUGAACGGGAAAACCACAACAUUUUUCAUGAAUCAUACAUCACAUUCAGAUGAUACAGUGUCUCUAUUAAAACUUCUUAGCAGGGAAAUGAUGCAGUUUGGUUCAAAUAAUUAG